UGAGCCCCCUUGGUUGAUUCGUUGCAAUUAAACAUGGUCGUGCCCCGGUCAAAACCCACCAACAACUCCUCCGCCUCCCGCAAACCUUUCUCAUCUCUCGGCUUUGUGCCCUCCCUGAAUUCGUUCGAAAAGGGCCACCCUUCAAUCUCUUCCUUUCUCAAAUCCUUCACCCAACAUGUUCUGGAAAAAGCAAAGCACUGAGGACCCGACGGUGCAGCUCAAGGAUAUGUCUCAGUUCACCUCAGAGAAGCAGGACAAGUCCCCAGAAGACAUGGCUCUAAUUGAUUGUACCGAAGGAGACGGGGUGAAUCCUACAGGAGGGCUGCCUUCGAUGAACAAGGCAGUCGAAGCCGACAAUUCCUCAAAUAAGGCUCAGCGGCGGUUCUUUAGUUCCGAAGACAUUACUAUUUCGCGAUCAAAGACUCUUACGGUCAUUGGGAAUGAGGAAAGUCCACGGUUUAGGCCACUACCCGACAUGGUCGUACAUGUCCCUGAAAAGACAUCCGCCUUCAAGUUGACCGCCAACUUUAACACUUACGACGCCGGAUACUACAGCAUCCAUUGGCGUGUCAAGAAACUUCAGGACUUUCACAUCCCCAAUGGACUUCACUUCGUUAUCAAUGUCUCGUACGACGUCGAACCCGAUAUCAGCGGCAGUCUGGAUGUGAUCAUGCUUCCCGAUCGACUGAACGGCCUAGAGAAGGACCAGUGGUACAAUUUGGUUCUCGAGGACAAACUGAUUAUUCAGCCACAUGAGGGAGUCGCCAAGGUGGAGCUGAUUCUUUGUAACAACGAGAAGCCGAUUCUUAAUAACAACGAGAACCCGGAUCGGUAUGAGUACUCUGGACUCGUGAUCGAGCACGUCGAGAUCAGACCGAUCAUAUUGCAAGGAGACAAACAUGCGGAAAUCACUGACGUGAUAGUUUCGAAGGCAGCCAUACCCAAGUUCGUUAUCGAUUCUGCAGAUGCGUUUCCCGUAGCUCAGGAUGCAACAGGUAUCCCAUCGGCAGCACAAAUCACCAGACUGUCAUCUUCCAAAGCCAGCCGAUACCUUGCAUCCUUGUCGCUUUCACAAAACUAUGCUUACAUUGCUAUUUGGGACAUGAGCACGGUGCCGAAUCCAUCUUUAUCGUCACCGGGCACUUCUGAACCAUCCAAAAAAAUCGCCACUGCCGUUAUUCAUCAUCGUGGAAUUGGUCAGCUGUCGAUCGGACUUUCUCUCUCAACGACUGGAGAUCUCGUUGCGGUCUAUCAGGAACCGAAGAUUGGUCAGUGGGUGGAUGGUUCAAAAGCGGAGAAACCGACAUUUCCUUUCAGACUGUUCAGUAAUCCAUUAGUUCCUCAACCAGCUGUUGUAUUGGACAUGGACACGUCGUCGGAUCGCGACCCGGAAGGAGUCUAUGGACUCUUAGCAGAACACGAGACAGCUACAUCACGGUCGUCACCAGCAGUCAUCGAGCUACAAGAAUUUCACUAUGAGAACGAGAUUCUCGCUGCAUUCAUCGGUUAUGGUGCAUUCUUGCCAGAGAGAAGCAGAAACGAAUGGGAAAUCAAGGAUGCGCCAACACCGUCUGUUGAAGAAAAUAAUUUUGACGCGGAAGAGGAUCUGGAGGACGGUAGGAACGAGACCGACGGACCAGCGUCUAGUUCCAUGUUUGUAGCCUGCAAUGGCCUGUAUCUGGACGUCUUCAGGAUCUCACCUGACAAAAAGUGGAUCCGCGCACACACCAUUACCUUGACGGACCUUUUGCCAACGCUUUCUAGACGUAUCACCUGCAAGAUGAUGAUGGACACCAUCAGCAGCAACACAUUCAUGUGGUUGGAGGAUGGCGGACGCAGCUGCACUAUCUGGAACCUUUUAACAGGAUCCAACAUCACUCACAUUUCCAGCAUCGAGAACGCCAGGUUCAAAGGAGCGACUUUCCGGGGACACUGCAAAAUGGCAUUUUCUCCUGAUGAGACCAUUGUCGCGCUAGCAAGUGUCGAUGGAAGUCUCGCAACAUACUUUAAAGAUACGGGCAUGUCCAUCGAUGAAAGGAGCUUUCCUGGAUUCAAGAUCGAAUACGUUGGAUUCCACGGUCAUGAAGAUCAUCUCUUUCUCAUUCUACGCGACAGUGUCACAUUUGGACUUAGUACGAUGAUUUUGGAUCCACUCCGGCUGAAAUGCGAGACCACUGCCAAUCAAGUCCCUAUCCCUACUAUCGGCUCGACCAUCCUGGCGUUCUUCAAUGUCAAUGGCUUCUGGAACAGAGGCAUCAUUUGCGAGGCAGAUGGCACCAAGAUCAAUUGCUAUAUUUCUCACCAGCCUACAAAGCCCAAGGUUAACAAGAGCAGCGAAUCAGUCUUGCAAGGCGAUCCCAACGUCAUCGAAUACCAAAGUCGUACUGAUGAAAACAUUUGGUACCGACUCAAGACUGGAAUACACAGAGAGUUGCUAUUUGAGGGCGAAGGAGUGGCAUACUGGGUCCUACGUGUCGAGCUUCUGGAGGAGAAUCAAAGGAUGAACACGAAAAAAGUAGUGUUUUCAUUCGUACCGGAGCCCUGGAUUAAGUCCACCACCGCCGAAGUUGCCCAUCCGGAAAAUCUUCUAACGGCAUAUUUCAUUCCAGGGGGAGCUCGUUUUGCUGUGAUUGGAAUGCAGUCGCUUCAAAUUUGGAAUCUGCCGUCGUCCAAGAAUGUCAAGUGCAGCUUGCAGUUCUUUUGGAGUCAUCCAAAAGACGAGAUGGAGCUUGGACUUGGCGGGUCUGCUUACAAGUCCGAGGGCGUUAGGGACUACUACGUGGAGACAUCGAAGACGCUCAUUUUUCUGGAUACGGAGACCGGCAAUGCCAUUGCGGAAAUCAAGUUGAACGACAAGACCAAGAAGAAGACAGUGCCUAUCCCUGAUGCGCUGGGGAACGAGACUCACCACGCCUUCCUUUAUUGUUUUCGGAGCAUUCAUCUGUUAGCAGCCGCCUAUGCAUUUUCCAGCUGUGAGGGCAAAAAGGCCAUCAUAAGAGCUUCCCCACAGCUGACGUUUACGUUUGAGGACCAUGCCGAGGCCAUUGUCCGAUUCGUCCUCGAAUACAUCAAUCGUGUUAUAACUGUCGAGGACUACACGCCACAGAAAGGAGGGCUGCAGCAGGCCAAUACGUUGAGACACAAGAAAUCAGAGUCCGUCAUUGACGCCAAGUCUAUUGACGGCAAGUGGAAAUCGAUCGGCAGGAAAUCAAGUAGAAACAAAGCUACCGUCCCUGAGGUGGUGACACUGCUCACGCUUCUUCUGAACCAUGACUAUCUGUUCAGCGAGAACAAUGUCUUCGUUGAGGCUCUCUUGUCUUCAGCUAACGGUGAAUGGAUCCCCAGGUCUAACAAAGCACUGAACCCGAUCAAGCGCGUAAUCGAAACCAAGAACACACAGUUGCUCGACGCUUUUAUUGAGUACUGCAUCAAGAACGCCAAACAGUAUCACCCUGCAUACUUGAUGCCAGCGGUCCAAUGUCUGAAGGAGCUCUCAGAGCGGUACCCCGAUGUCCUGGCGGACUUGUUCAGGAAAGCCUCAUACAUCCCCGCCCGCAACCAUGAAUACGUUGCCUCGCACGCUAUCGUUGCCAAUCUGCGCUAUCCAGAUUGGCUGAACUUCUUAAUCGAGUUUUACACCAAUGGAUUCUUCAAAGGGACGUACUUCAAGAAAUCAAACAACAUCGACGAUUACGAGAGACCAGUCUUUUGCUUGCGGUCGCAACUUCCUGUCCGAGCAACGACUUUUUUGAACAUCAAGAGCAUUGAGACCUCAAUUCGAGAGACGCGCCUUGUGGAGUUCCCUCCCAAACGGAACAUCGUCGAGGAUGAGAAGCAGGCGCGUUCAAAAUACUCACACCAGAUCUACGUAUGUCCAUUCCCCAAACUAUCUUCGUACGGACGUUACCUCUCAUGGUACGAGAGCGACGGAACGGAUUUAAUGUCGGUAUUCACGAUGAUCGCAGGAAAGGAGUUUUUCGAUAGUCCGGCUAUGGAGGCUACUCUGAGUUUCAAAUGGUGAGUAUUCUAUGUAAAAGAAGAGCUGUGGUUUGUGAGAUCUCCAUUGAUCACUCACGGUCCUCUUGUCGCUGUCUUCUUAGGAACAAAUUCGGUUUCAUGUAC